AUUGUAAAUAUGUCAAAAUUGUGUCAAAAUCAGUUAAACUACACGUAGCGUUGAAUGACGUUUUUAUUUAAAACCACCGCACAAACUGGGGGUUUAAAGUUGUUUUAAUAUUCCUUGAAGAUUAUUUUUAAAAAAACAGCACAAAAUCAAAUCAUAACCAAACGUUUCGUUUAAGUUAAAAUGAUACUUAAAUAAUAACCAAAAAAUUAUUUCUUAAAAUCAUAUUAAAUGUUUAAAUUAGAAUCAUAUAUAACGCCUUUAAUUUUGAGCUAUGUUGAUAAGUAUAUUAAAAAUUUCCGAUUGGAAGAUUCUCAGGUAUCAUUGUGGGGUGGAGAUGCAUCGUUUCAUAAUUUAGACUUACGACUCGAGGUGCUUGAGCAAGAAUUACAAUUACCUUUUAGUUUUGUAUCGGGACACAUCCAUGAACUUUCCAUACAUGUGCCAUGGACCAAAUUAACUUCAGAACCUAUUUCCAUUACCAUAAAUACUAUAGAAUGUAUUUUAAAAUUGAGAAGUACAGAAAAUGAUAAACCAUCUGAACCACCGAAAGAAAAACCAAAAAAAAUUCAAGGAAAAAAACAUGAAGUGGAAGCUCCACCAAGUUACGUUCAUGCAUUAAUCAAUAAAAUAGUAAGUAACAUUAGGAUUUAUUGUAACAAUCUUAUUUUGAAGUAUGUGGAAGAGGAUAUUGUGCUCUCUAUGAAUAUUAAGUUGUUAACGUAUGAGUCUUGUGACGAGAAAUGGGAACCAACGUAUUCAGAUUCUUCCCCAGCGCAGGUAACAAUGCGAAAAUUAAUCACUGUAAACGAUCUCACUAUAUGUUUGGAUAAAAGGAAUGCAUCAGGAAAAAUUGACGUUUAUCAAGAACCAAUGUUAUACCGAUGCUCUCUAACCAUGCAUUUUCUACGAACUUAUCAAUCUUCAAACAUUUCGAAAGCAUCCACUACAAGAUUUGAUAUUUAUUGUAACAACAUGGAAUUUAGUAUGACUGAACAACAAAUUCCGAUGGUAAUAAGACUCGUUUUAUUGGCGUGUACAUUGGGUGGAAAUGAUAUGAAAAGUGAACACGAUGUAAAAAUCUGUGAUGAAACUAGUUAUGAGGCAAUGGUUGAACCGAAUGAUACAACCACUUCUUGGGCCGGCUGGAUAUGGUCAUUUGUACCAUCAAUUCGUUCGUCACAAGAUGAACCAGGAGGAGAAGAACAACCGAUCGUUCCAACAGGACACACGUUACACAUCGGAUUUUACGUAGACACAACGUGUUUAGUUUUUAAAGUUUCGGAAAGUAGCAGCGAUCGAAGUUAUUAUUCGCAGAAGAAACUCAAAUAUUACCCAUUGUUGCUUUUAAAAGUGCAAGGUCUUUAUUCGGAAACUAUUAUUCACGGCUUGAAAUGGGUUAACGCCAAAGCGGGGAUUGGAAAUAUAGAGAUUCAACCAUUGGGGUUGUGUACUUGUGGUGUCGUUGAUAUUUUUGAAGAAAAUUCAGUUCAAUGUUAUUUUUCAGCAGGUUCCGUUACUGAAAAUCACAAAACUGAUUCGCUAUUUGACGCGGAAGCCGUUGAAAAUAAAGGGCAACGAAAAUUGUAUAACGUUUCAUGGGAUUACCAUGUUGCCCACGUAACUGAAACAACUAUGUUGGAUAGAACGGCUGCUUUUGCGGUCGAUUUUGUCCAUGAAGUUGUUGUGCCAGAUGAUAUGACUUCUGAUCAACUGUCGGAUAUCACAAAUCUUGAAUAUAGUAACAUUUUAGUAAGGACUUUAUUAAGAAUCGUUGUUGGUCCAAUUCGAGUGAAAGUUUGUGCUGGAUUAAUUCACCGUGUUGAAUGCAUGGUGGCUGCUGCUUCAGCUUAUGAUUACGCCCCUUAUAUAGUUGAAAAAUCACACCCCCCAUCAAAAGUUGAUUUACAACCACCUUCAACUGAUGAUUACGACGCUUUAAACGAAAACAUUCCCAUACAAGUUAUGCAAUACACCAUCAUUGCCCCUGUUAUUGAAGUACAUUUAUUCGAUCAUCCUAAAUUUGAAUCAACUAAAAGUUAUUUAUUUAGAAAAAGGAAGAAAUUAUCAACGAUUAAUUCACCGUCUCAACAAAAUUAUGCGUAUUUACCAAAGUUAACUAUUGAAUGUCAAUGUAUUGAUGUUAAGGUGGAAGGUCCAAUUUAUACAAAAAAAUUAGUACAUACAGUGUGUCAACUUCCUGAUCCACCGAGACAUAUGUUUGAUGCUUGUUAUCAAAAUCUUUCGGUAAAAGUGUUAAAUUUUUGUUCAAAAUUAAUACUAGGAAGCAAUACAACUACGAUUAUAACUCCGUUUAACGCAACAUUUAGAAAUAAAAAUAUUAUUAGUCCAGAGUACUGGGUUAACCCUGAUACUCCUCACAACGAAAUGAGAAUUUAUUCCGAAAGUAUUGGGAUUAAUAGUACAAAACCGAGAGCGAUUUUAAUCGGGUUAAUAAUUGAAAAGAUGACAAAGUUUAAUUGUGAGGAAGCUAUUUAUUUUAUUAGUAACACUUCUAUUCUUCAAGAUGCAUCUAAAUCAUAUAAAACUUGUUUAGAAUUUUCUAUGGAAGAAAUGAAACUUCAUAAAGUUUCAACAAAAACCACACUAUCAAUUAACGUUUCUUUAGACUCAAUAAAAGCAUUUAUUUUUGAUCCACUCGAUAAUAGCUCGUUUAUAAGUACCAGAUCGCAUCUGACUAAUUCUCCCUCGUGUUCACGAAGAGGUAGUUUUACGCAAAGUCGCGAAAUCCAACAAGUUCUUUUUAUAUCCGGUCCCGAUUCCAGCAACGAUUCAAACAACGAUUCGACUCCAUUAUUUAAAUGUUCCCUUCAAAUCCCUUUAGAUCCCGAUCGCGAAACUCAUCCGUCUAUUAUGAUAUUUAAUUUACAAGAAAUUAGGGUUUGUGUUGAUCCCUUACUUUGCUCAUGGUUUUUAUAUACACCCGUUGUUUUGGUUAAUUUUAAAAGUGAUUAUUCGUCAGAUAUUAGAAAAAUUAAGAGUAGUUCCGAAAUUAUCUCAACAGUUACUGGUAUAGAAACUCCUAGAAGGUUAGUAACAACACCUCACGAAUCAGUUCAUAGCAGUUCAGAUAGAGAUAGAGAAAUUUUACAAUUACCAAAAACGCCAAAAUAUUUUAAAGAAGAAGAACAACUAGCGGAUCCUCAAGAAAGAAUUUAUUGCUUUUUAAGUAAAUGGUUCCCCAUUUGGCAAGCAAUGAUGCUUUUUGGUGAUUUAUCCCAAUGCACAAUUUAUUUUCCAACUGAAUCUUUAUCAGCAAUUGGAUCUCAAGGCAUUCAACAAGCUGUUGAUGAAGCGAUGCAACUCGAAAAUCCACCCGAUAUGUUGGUUAUUACUUUACCAUGCGGAAAUUUACGAAGUGCUGGUACAAAAGAUAACAUUUUGGAAUAUACUAGAAAUUUGCCUAUUAAAUUACCAAAUAGUUUGUGGAAUCCAAAUAAAUCAAAUUUCCCAUGGAAUAUAUCAAUAUCAGAUAUUAGUUGUUAUUCUUGGCAAAAAGGAACUAAAUUAGAUCUUUUAAAACCUGUAUCAUUUAACGCCACAGUUGGAAUGUGCUCAAAAAAUAAACCAGAUAACCUUAAAGACCAGCAAAAAGAAGACGUUUCAAGUACAGGAAGUGAAAAUAAUUCUUUAAGUGGAUUAGGAGUUUGCAUUCACAUCGAUAUGAGCCCAACUAAAAUUAUUUUAUCUGAAAUACAAGUUUGUUUAAUAGCAAGUAUUCUUUAUGGACUCAUAGAAGUAAUAAAUAAUUUAGCCCCAGAUACGUCCGAAGAUCAACCGCAACCACCGCGUAUCAUCCCAGUUAUAAACGCUCAACCUUCAUUUACAGCAUCACCAACAUUUGUAAAGGAAAGCAGUUUAGAUUCGACAAGCGAACAAAGUCCACGUGUUACAAUUAAUACCGAUAACAUAAAUACGGAACAUAUCAAAUUAACCGCUUGGAUUCAAUGGACAAUUACGAAAUUUACAAUCGAAAUGUUGUCUUAUAAAUUAGAAGAUAUGUGUAAAGAAGAUUUUAAUUACACGAAACCGUUAACGCUUAAACUCGUAGUUGAAGCUGAAGAUGUUGUGAGUUCAUUGGAUUUUCAAAGCAUUUUUAUGAAAAUUAAAAGUAAAAUUGGCGCGGCUAGUAUUCAACAUUAUUUAUUGGAUCCAUUUAAAAAUCAAUGGAUACCGGGGAAUUAUUUAGGUUUUAUCAUGAAAACGAGGGAAGAAAUUUUAUCGCAAGAUACUCGGGAAGAUAAUUGCUUUGCUAGUAUUAUUAUUACAAGAGCUAGUUGUCAACACACCCAUAACUUAUGGGGAACAAAGAAUACCAUGGUUAAAGAGGACGAAACAUCUCAACAUCCAAAUCGAUUUAUUUCCGAAGUUGUUGUUACACUCCAAGCUAUUGAUUUUUUGUUGUGUUUACCAACUUUACGAAGUUUUUCGAUAGUUUUUGAGCCGCUGUUACAAAUUCCAUCUUCACCGUCAAAAGUUAAAGAAACUGAGAUGACAGUUAAUAUCAGUAAUCGAGUUUUACCCCUUAUUUAUCUCGAUUGUAAAGGUUUCCGAGUAAUUGUUCCUUUAGCUGAGUUGGAAAAUGUUGAUAUUUCCCCGGAUGUUUGUAUUUUCCAAGUUGAUGGUAUUAAUUUAAUGCCGGAUCCUGUUAAUCCAAUUUGUAGAACACCGAUUCGGGCCGAUAUUUAUCAACAAGCUGCUAGAUCGAGGAUAUUAAAUAUUCCAGUUGCAGGUAGCGAAAUUGAAGAUAGACAAUACGAAUUAAAAAUAGUUGGAAUUUCUUUGAGUACGAGCACUUGGAGUGAGUUUGAUCCGCUACUACAUCAAUCUUCAUCGAUGAAACAAUUAAAAACGAUGAGUGAAAAUCCCGCUUUAGAAUGGAAUUUGGGUAAAGGAACGAUUAUGAAAGGUCAAAACGUUAAUUUUGUGCCGAUAAUAAACAAAUUUGAUGUUUUAAUAGUAACAGCACCCGCAAUGAUUUAUAAAAACGAGGUUAUUUGCGGCCAUUCGAUUGAGAUAAAUUUCGUUUCAAACAUUGAGACGUUAAUUUCGUUGAAUCAAAUCAAAUUUUUUCUUGCAUUAGAAAACGAAGUGAAUGGGGUGUACGAUUUAUGCGUGGGUAACGCUGAAAGUAAAAGACCCAAAGUUUUUUUACCGUACAGUUGUUUUAAUAAGAUAAUUGAUACACCAUCCACUGAAAUCCAACAAAUUGAUUUGGGCAAAGACUCUGGAAUUGAAACUAGAGAGUUUAGAAGUAUCGCUUCGUUUAAAUCAACAACGGAAAUUGCUAUAAAUUUAAAACGGGUUUCCGCCGCUGAGAAUAUUUACACAAAACCUUGCGUUAAAUAUCCUUAUGGGUAUAUCCCGUUAGAUUUAUUAAUCACAGCGGGGAAAAUUAAUUUUAUUUUGUAUAAUAACACUAACGAUGCCCGAAAAGAUUUACUUAAUUACGAUGGGAGAAAGGAUUCCGAAAAUUUUGAAGAAUCUGAAGAGUAUUUCCCUUAUAUUUUCGCUUCAAUUUGCCAACCAAAUAUUUUUAUGUCCGAUUUACAAUUAGGGCGUAAAAUCCAAGGAUCUUGUUAUGAUGUUAAAUUAAAAUUACCGGAAAUUAAGCAAUUAAAAUCAAUGCCGAUUGAAAAAAAUUUUAACACAAACUUAGUUGAGACAAGAACUGGAUACCCAAAUCCACAUAACGGGGUAUUACCCGCUUUUUUUACAGCUCGUUGGUCUAAAGGUGUGGGAAAGCCAAAUUUAGAAAUAGAGGUCGCAAAACCCGUGAAAAUCGUUGCAUCUGUUGCAAUUUGCACCCAUUUAAUCAACGUUGUUAACGCAAUAAAUGAAACUUUGAUUAUCCCCGAAGAACCAAUCGUUAUAAAAUCAAUUAAUACCCAGCAAAAAAGUCGAUUGAAACAACAAAAAAGUGUUGAUUACGUUAAAUUCAAAGAGAUCAAAGACAAAUUAUUGGGAGUGACCGUUUUUAACGUAAAAUUAUCCCAAGUCGUUUUUAACAUAAAAACGGAAAACGAUAACGAACUAACAUUAACAUUGGGGAAAAUAAAGAAUUAUUUAACUAUAUCAAACCGCCCCGAACGGAUCACAAAUGUAACAACGUUAAAUUCGAUUUGUAUCGGUGUCUCAACCGGGGAUGUAUCGCGAUUAUUACUAAAUCCAUGGACCAUCUCGUUAGAAGUUUGCUUAUUUUGGGAAAGUUGGCAAAGUGUCGAUUCCGAUCCGCAAAUACAAAUAUCAGGUCAAAGCGAUUGUAUCGUAAUAGACGUUAGUCCCGAACAACUUCAAUGCAUCGAAUUUGUACAAAAAGAAAUUGCGGAAUUUAUUGCUUCUUUGCCUUUACCGAAAAAUAAUCCCGUUGAAACUUACGAUGAACCAUUAAAACCAAUUCCAAGCGAUAAAGAACAACAUUAUAAAGAUGAUUUAAGAGCCGGAGCUUUUCAUUUUGUCGAUUCGACGAGUAAUAAUAUCGAUGAACUUCCUUUGCCUUACCGAGUUAUGUUUUGGCACAAAAAUAUAUCUGCUAUGGCUUGGAGAUACCCACAACCAAGAGCUUUAACGAAAGUGCGAGUAUUUCCGGUUCCUUAUAACAUAACUCAAGAUAGUAAAGAAAAAAUAUUAUGUAAUUUAGAGUAUUGGUCUGAAUGUCAUGGUUCCUAUCAACCAUACACACAAUUUUAUUUAUCGGAAAGUGAAAUGUGCCAAUUGGAUUUACCGCAAAAUAAUCAACCGGUCGUAGCUAGUAUUUGGAGGAUUGUUUUGACAUCGACAAUAACAGAUGCACGAAAUCGGGUUAAUUACACAAGAGUUUUAUUAUCACCGAGGGCUUUAGCUGGGUGUAUUCGAGUUGAUUCAUAUUUCAACAAAGUUUUAGUUCCCCAACUAACUUUAUCUUUACAUAUUUCCACGAUAUCAAUUAAUUUAUUUAACCGAUUAGACAAAACGAAAAAUUUAAUUAUGCCUGAACAAUUAAAAAAUUACACCCCUGACCAAUUAUUUCCUGAAUUACAAAAUUUUAUGACGAUAACUUUAGAUAAUACAAGAGUUUAUUUAGCAACGUGGAAUUUUGAGAUAUUUUCGAUCGAUUUAAUUUCACAUAUAAAAUGCACAAUUCUCGAUUAUGCCUUUCUUACGAUGCAACCUUUAAUUUUGCCGUUUACAUUUAAAUUUGAGGCGUCAAUUUCUAAAUCAAUUAAUAUUAAUUUUAUAUCAAAACCGAUUUCGAUUAAUUUAGGCGCAACAGCCGCUCAUACUUUAGCAGUGAGUGGACAACUUUGGUACGAGUUUCUCACCAAUGACGAUAACUCAAUGAAUCUUAUUGUUAUGACUCAAUACGUUGUUUGUAACGAUACAAAUGUAACGUUACGUUUUGGACAAGCCGGUUCUGAAGAUAUACUUUUAUUACCGAGAUAUUGCCAUUUAUACGCGUGGAGAUCACAGAAAAGUAAAUUAAUGCUACGAGUUGCCUUGGAAGAAUACGGAUGGGUUUGGUCUGAAGCUUUUAGAAUCGAUAGUGAUGGUACUGCGGUGCUUAAUAUUUCAAAAGAAAAUAAUAUUGUUGUUAUAAUGAGCGUAAGAUCGUUAUCGGCCACACAAAAAAAGAUUACAUUUUCGGGGCAAUUAUCUAUUUGUAACACUUUAUUGGAACACUUUGAAUUAAAAGUUGUCGAAAACGUGAUGAGCCAGAAAGACGCCGUUUUUAAAUCCGCCCCUGUUCACAUAAUAAGCGGUAAAAGCACCCCACCAAGCAUUUUAAUCGACUCCACCAAAAAAUAUUUUUUGAGGCUAAGAUUUUAUGGAUUAGAUUCAGCUUGGUCUGGAGAUAUUCCAUUAGCUGCAAAUCCAAAAUGCACCCAACCUUGGUUGGUUAAAGUCCCAUUACAAGAACGGGGACAAUUUUUAAGCAUUUGGUGCCAAAUUGAGACGCAACAUUUCGAAUCGGGUUGUAAGAUCUUAGCGAUUUUAUCCCCGCUCUUUAUGGUGCGAUCAAAUCUAGCUAUAAACUCAAAAAUUUUUAUUGAAACCCCAAUGUUACACGUUCACUUAGAAUCAACCGUUCGGGGAAAAGGCGAAUAUCAACAAUUAUAUUGCCCCGGAACGAUCGAUCAUUCACACCAAUUAACAUUUCAACUCGAUGAUACCCCAACAUCAAACCCAUACGUACCAUUAAAUUACAGCCUUGUAGACCAAAAAGUAUUCUUUAAAAAAAAAGAUAAAGUGGAUAUCGACGAAAUUUUAGACGUCUUAAACAAUUACACUAAAUCAUCUUGGCCAUAUUUCGGGGAAGAUUUCGAAGGAAUCGAUUUUUUAAUUGAAGACCAACCGCUAACUCACGUCCAAGUAAAAUACGAAAACGCCUGUCUUUAUUCAAGCGCGCUUUUAAUGGAGUUACUCCCAUGGUGUUUAUUAUUGAACACAACAGGAUGUCCGAUUGCGAUUAUCGUCAACGAAAAAGAAUUAUGCAGAGUGAAUCAUUACGGAAUUUGCACCCCACCGAAAUUAGAAGAGACUUUCUAUUUAGGAGUUGGAAUAAACGGAAUGUGGAAUUUAACCCUACCUUUACAACUGGCAAAAUCAAAUUGGAGCACAGCUUUUUAUAUGCCGAAAAUAAGCGGGAAUAUUCCGUUAGAAGGAAACAUAAAAACGAUGGUUAAAUGCGAACCGUACGUUUGUAUGAUUUCGAUUAUUUCAAACGUUGAAAAUACUAUUAGAUUAUUAAGGGUUAGCUCAACUCACGUUGUUACAAACCAUACUUCGUUAAACUUUCGGGGGGUUUGUUUUGCUGUACCUGUCACUGGAAGUGUUUACAAUUUUCCGAAAAAAACUGAGCAACAUUCGUUUAAUGUGCCGUGUAAUUUAAACACAAAAUCUUCUGGUGUUUCAAUUACGCAGUGGUACGUUAUUGGAAAAACAAUAGACCCUAUGAUUGAAUACGUUUUAUACAUUUCUUUUUCAACGAAUGGUAAAUCCGGAUGGAGCUGUCCAAUUCGUGUUGAUAAACCUUUUAACAGAAGAAGUAUUAGCGUUAAAAUGAACCAAAAAAGUGUAAGUACAAGUUAUUUAUUGAACUAAAACUACAAACAUUCGGGAUCUCUCCAGCCACUUUUAGUUCAGUUAAUACAGGCUGUGAAAGCCUUCAACUUAUAUUAAUUUGUCCACGACUACCUUAUA